AUGGACCUGAAGCGCUUCGUCGUCGCCUGCGCCUACCGCGCCGGCUCGCCCCCGUUCCCCGUCAAGUCUACGCUGCCGCCCGUCCUCCUCUCCUUCCACGCCGCGACGCUCUACGCGGCGGGCUCGCUGCUGGUGGCGCCUCCGAGCGCGGCGCACGUCGCGGGCGGCGCCGGCAUGUAUGCGCUCCUCACGUUUGGCAUCACGGGCGGGCACCACCGCUACUUUUCGCACCGCUCGUACCGGACGAGCCGCCCCUUCCAGUUCGCCAUCGCCCUGCUCGGCUCGCUCGCGUGGCAGCGCGGGCCCAUCUGGUGGAGCUCGCACCACAACCACCACCACCUGCACUCGGACACCGGCAGGGACCCGCACUCGCCCGUCACCGGCUCGUGGCUCUGGUCGCACAUGGGCUGGUACUGGGCGUCGGCGGAGCACGACCCGCCCCUCGACAAGUUUGCGCGGACCUGGCGCUCGUUCCCCGAGCUCGCCGCCCUCGACAAGCUCCACUUUGCGCCCGGCCUGCUGCUGGCGGCGUCGCUGUACGCGUACGGAGGCGGCGGCGCGCUGCUGUGGGGUUUCGUCGUGCCGGUCACGUGCUGCUGGAACAGCAUCUUCGCGAUCGGAUCGCUCUGCCACGGCGACCUCGGAGGCGGCACCCGCCGCUUCGAGACGGGCGGCGCGGACACCUCCACCAACGUGUGGUGGGGGCUGGCCGCGCACGAGCUCGACGCCACCUACGCCGCGCUGCGCGCGCUCGAGACGCUCGGCCUCGUGUGGGAUCUCAAGUUUAUCAGCAGUUGGUCUCCAAACGAAUCGUUGUAA